UCCACGGGUCACGCGACCCAAAACUAGUAGGCUACGUUUGCAAGACAAUUCGAGAAAAUCGAGUGGGGAACCUCGGUAGGUGUUAGUGGAGAAGUUGCAGAAUGGCCGGAAAUGGACGAAAAGCACUGGUAUUGUCGUUGUUUUUGUUACUUUCACUGUCACUGUCAUCGAUCUCCGUUGCGUACAGGCCCGGAGACAUCGUUCCCAUGAACAAGAUGGGUCAAUACCACUCUUCGAGGACCGUGUGGCAAGAUGUGAUUGGUCGACAUUGCCCAACCUUCGCUGUUAAUCGUGAGGUUUUGAUUCCGUUACAGAAGCCGGUUGGUUACACUGGAGCUGAUCCGUACAAAAUAUCAUUUCAAGUUGGAAGAGAAAAGUUUCUGAUUCCAUGGCUUCUUGUGGUAAAUCGUAAGAGUUCUGAGGUUCCUAUGAUCGAUGUGCAUCUGAGGUACUCAGGAAGCGAUUUGCAUGGCAUCACGGCCAAAGUUGUGGAUAUGCCUCACCAUUAUGUUGAAACCCAUCCACACAUUCCUAAACAGUUCUGGGAUCCUCAACAUUGGCCAAAGCAUGUGCUUGUUAGAUACACAUGGAAGGAGGAAUCAGAUAUAGAUGUUACUUCUGGAUUCUAUGCUUUGCUUGGGUCAGGGCUUGUGCUGUCGUUUAUUCUGUCAAUCUACAUCUUGCAAUCAUCACGGGACAAACUAGCAAGGUUUGUAAGGGAAACUGUUGCAGAAAGCAGCAUACCCGGAGGAGAAGUGGCAAAGGUUGAAUAAUGCAAACCCUAAAAGUGCCGAUGCAGCAUCCAUAAGUUCAAAUUAAUCAUCUUAAAGAAGUAAAGAGGGAUUUAUUGAGGAAGAUAUAGCCAGCAAGCACAAGUACACUUAUUUCCAUGCAUAGUAUAUCUUUCUCCUCGAGGAUCAAUCUAAUCCAUCAAAGCUGGUGAGCGAAAUUGAAGUCCCCCAAUGGUUGGUAAGUAGUUACAAAUUAAGCAGUGAGAUUAACUUUUUGUACAACUAAUUUUAAACUGGCCUAGGUGAUUGUAUUCGCUUCGUACUCUUUUCACAGAUCUCAAGUCAAGGGUUUUUUAAAAGCACGCAGCA